AUGUCCAAGACCUCCAAGGUUACCAAGGCUGAGAAGCCCUCCAAGACCCUUAACAAGGUCAAGGACGCCGGUGUCGCCAAGGCCGCCAAGACCUCUUCCAAGAAGGUCGUCGCCGAGAAGGUCGCUAAGAAGGAGAAGGACUCCAAGAAGAGCAAGAAGAAGGAGCCUACCCCCAGCUCUUCUGAGUCUGAGUCCAGCGACGAGGAGAUGGCCUCCGACAGCUCCAGCUCUUCCGAGUCCGAGGAUGAGAAGCCCGCCCCCAAGAAGGAGGUGAAGAAGGAUACCAAGAAGGCUGCCAAGAAGGAGGAGUCUUCCUCCGAGUCCGACAGCGAUGAGGAGAUGGAGGAUGCUUCUUCCUCUUCCAGCGAGAGCGAGUCUGAGGAUGAGAAGCCCGCCCCCAAGAAGGCUGAGGCCAAGAAGGUCGAGAAGAAGGCCGAGUCUUCUUCCGAGUCUGAGUCUUCUGACUCUGAGUCCGAGGAUGAGAAGCCCGCCAAGAAGGUCGCUAAGAAGGAGGAGUCCGACUCUUCCGACUCUGAGUCUGAGUCCGAGGCCAAGAAGGAGUCUUCUGACUCUGACAGCUCCGACAGCUCCGACAGCUCUGACUCUGAGUCUGAGUCUGAGGACAGCGAGGAUACCGCCAAGGCCUCCAAGAAGCGCAAGGCUGAUGAUGAGCCCGAGGCUGUUGCUAAGAAGACCAAGACUGAGGACGCCCCUGAGGGUGCUUCCGCCAACCUGUUCAUCGGUAACCUGUCAUGGCACGUCGAUGAGGACUGGCUCCAGCGCGAGUUCUCUGAGUUCGGCGAGUGCUCGUGCCGUGUCGUCACUGACCGUGAGUCCGGCCGCUCCCGCGGAUUCGGUUACGUUGAGUUCUCCAGCGCUGCCGAUGCUGCCAAGGCCUUCGAGGCCAAGAAGGGUUGCGAGAUUGACAACCGUCCCAUUAACCUGGACUACGCUACUGCCCGUCAGAACAACGCUGAGCGCCCUGAGCGCACCCAGCAGCGCGCCCGUGACUUCGGUGACUCUACCAGCCCCGAGUCCGACACUCUUUUCGUUGGCAACCUGCCUUUCUCUGCCUCCGAGGAUGCUCUCCGUGAUGUCUUCGCUGAGCAGGGUACCAUCCUGGGCAUCCGUCUCCCCACUGACCAGGAGUCCGGUCGCCCCAAGGGUUUCGGUUACAUUCAGUUCUCUUCCGUCGAUGAGGCCCGCGCUGCUCACAGCCAGCUGAACGGUACCGACCUUGAGGGUCGCUCUCUCCGUCUGGACUUCAGCACUCCCCGCCCUGCUGGUGGUGACCGUGGUGGCUUCGGUGGCCGUGGUGGUGGCCGUGGUGGCUUCGGUGGCCGUGGUGGUGGCCGCGGUGGUCCCCGUGGUGGUGGUGGUCGUGGCCGCGGUGGCUUCGGUGACCGUGGUGGCCGUGGUGGCUUCAACAAGGCCAAGGGCAGCAUCCCUGAGUUCAAGGGUACCAAGGUCACUUUCUAA